CAACAUGUCGAUCGGCGCGGAAUCGUGAGAUGAGGUCCUUGUCGUUGGCGUGGCUUGGGAUGAUGGAGGCGUCGUUUCAGAUGCGUUACAGAAUCCUGGGCAUGGGUGAACACCGCAGCCUUCGAUAUUGUCCUAUCGUGAACUGAAAUGCUAACAUCAUGAUCUUCUUAAGGUUCUCUAUUGCCUUGUUAGGCACUAUCGCGCUCUCAGUCGAAGCGCUUUCCCCAGAGUACCAGUGCGACCGGCCGGCUGCACAGCAACAGCUCUUUGGGCAGAGGCCAGCGGCAUGUCGUCAAAAGGAGCUUCAUGAAGAUGCUGGACCUGAGGCUUAUUCGCAUCCGAUAUGGUCGCAUUCUCCAUUCUGCAUCUCUCGGCCAGAUAGACGAUAUUGCACACAUACGACACAGGACUUCCGCAACAGAAAAGGCCUCAGCAUCAUCGCCUCCUCGGUUGCCGCCGAGGCAGCGACACGAGCCUUUGGCUUCGCGAGGAGAGCACCGUCCGAUCUAAGUGACCAGCUGGAGGUCCGCGAUAUUCCUGGAAAAGGAAAAGGCCUUAUCGCAGGAAGCUCCGUCAAGAGAGGGCAGAUCAUCAUGCUAGACUCACCCCGCAUCAUCGCCAGCGCGCAGUUCCCAGCACGCAUGACACGCUCGGAAGGCCUCCAGCUAUUCAACUUCGCUCUCAAUUGGCUACCAGACGAGGACCGAAACCUCGUGCUGUCCCUGGACAAGAGCCUUGGAGGAACGGACAUCGAAAACAUCAUGAAGACGAACUCGUUCGCCUGCCAGAUCGACGACGGCGGAGUAGGAGACGGCUACAUGUGCCUCUUCCCCUCCGUGUCCAGGAUCAAUCACGCCUGCCGACCGAAUGCGCAUGCGCGCUUCAUCCCGCGCACGCUGUUGAUGGAGAUCAAAGCUCUACGGGACAUCGCUCCGGGAGAGGAGAUCAGCAUUUCCUACGGAAGCGUAGACUUGAAGCACGCGGACCGCCAGAAGCUGUACAAGGAGGGCUGGGGAUUCAAGUGUACUUGCGAUGUCUGCACCGCAGAUGCAUACACUAUUGCCGGAAGCGAUCAGAGGAGGGGACGGUUCAGCCAGCUGCGUGAGAGGCUUAAUUCUUUGACUGCGGAGACGUACGAUGCGCAGCAGAUUGUUGCGUGGGAGAAAGAGGUGCUUGAGCUUAGCGAGAAGGAGGGAUUGGACGUUCUGGUAGCUGAGGAUCUGGAGAGGAUGGCGUAUGUGUACGCUGGAUUGGGCUUGGUAGAGGAGGCAAAGUCGUGGGCGAGGAAGGCGAGGUUGAGUUUGUUGGAGUGGACGAUCGUUGAUGGGGGAUCGGAGAAUGACGUUAGGAGAGUGGAGGAGUUGUUGAGAGAGCUGGGUGGUUGAGAGACGUUGGAGGUAAAGAUUCCUAUUUUCGGUGGCACUGAAUGCCCUGGGGAUCGAUUCCACGCGCCAAACAUCGUUUUCGGGAAGGAAAAGAUAGAAACGGUCUUGCUGUACCUAGAAACGAGAAUGUGGUAUAGACAGGAGGGAUUCAGAUGGCACACGUGGCUGGCGUGGCCGGAACGUGCGCAUAGACCAAGCCAAUGGCGUCCAG